UGGUAAGAGAGGGUUAUGCCUUUUAAAGGCAGAGUGAAUUACAGUAUGUUAUGAUUGUGAUUUGUAAGUAGAAGUGAUGGCCAAAUGGGGAAUUAAAAACACAAUAACAGAAUUAUGAUAUGCAUCACUUCACUUGCUUGCUUCCGGCUCUGCCUGUCUAUCUGAUGUACACAUGGGAAAUCUCCGAGAGAAAUCACUGGAUGUGCAAAAACCAAUAACUAAGCAUCAUUCAUACAGCCUGGGACUAUAACAGUCUGUGGUUACGUAGGAUUAUAAAGGAGCUCUAAUAUCCAAAUGAGCAAUCAUACUACGUUUAAUGUAACUUUUGUCUUGAAAGUAAAAUGCUUAAUCUCUCCUUAAAGGAAUCAGUCAGGUUUUAUAGACAUGACUGUUAGUCAUUCAUUUAUUAUAAGAAUAAAAUUGCCUUACUCUUUUUUAUUCUUUCCUACGGGGUAACAGAGCACCAUCCUUUGUGUGUGAAUCUGCAAGACGCCAUCAACUUGUAUUAGAAUGAGCGUCCCCCUCCUCAGCCUUUGUCUGUUUCUCCAUUAAAAAAGAAAAGCUUUUUAGCAAGGAUUCCACUGACAGGCAAGAGGCACGCGAUACAGUGACAGCCCCUGGGAAGCCUGAUUGGUCUGUGUGAGCACUGAUGUUACAAGCAAAACAGAGUGGCUUCUAUGAGCUCUGAAAAUAGCAACAAGUGCUGGCCAAUUCAGCUCAGCUAUGGUCCCAUUGCCACUGUGCCUCAGCCGAAGCCCCCUUGCACCACAAACUUCAGUGGAACUGAGGGUCAGCAGCCUUUCUGGACUUCAAGUUGCUGAUGGUGGCAGUUUAUUUUAAGCUGUCAUCUAAUUUUAUCCAGGAUUCUGCAUUCAACUUUCAGAGGGAAGAAACAAGAAGCAGAUAUUAAGCACUUGGUUAUCUAUAUGAGUGAAUCCUCCUUAACUUCCAGAAAAAAGGAAUCUUAUGCAUGAUGAAGAGCUAGAAAGUGGAAACAUCCAAAAUGCAUCUAGAAGACCAUUUGAACAGAUUCUUGGAAUUGCUGCUUAAAAGAGGACUUUUGCUAUUACUGUUCCAUUUUAAAAUCAUUGCCACUUGCCCAAAGAGCUGUCAGUGCUCUGACAUUGAUGGAGCCACAGUUGUUCACUGUAGCUCCAGAGAUCUGGAAGAAAUCCCUAUAGACCUCCCAAUGGACACAGUAUCCCUAAAACUGGAUGCCAAUAAGAUCCAUCAAGUGCCAAACAAUGCAUUUAAGGACCUGAACUAUCUCCAAGAGUUGGACCUGUCUAGGAAUUCGAUUGAGAAAAUAGAUUUGGCAGCUUUUAAAGGGGUGUCAGAAGGUCUGAAGCUGUUGGAUUUAUCUGGAAAUCAGAUUCACAGUAUUCCUAAGGAAGCCCUGGCUAAACUUAGAGCCAAAAUUCGGCUUUCCAAUAACCCAUGGCAUUGUGAUUGCAGCCUUCAAGAGAUGCUGAGGGAACUAAUAUUAGACCCAGACACAGUUAAUGAAAUUUCCUGCCAGACAUCUGUUCAGGAAGAAUAUGUUGGGAAGCCCUUGAUCCAGGUUUUAGACUCUGGCAUAAACUUUUGCAACAUUCAUAACAAAACCACUGAUGUUGCUAUGUUUAUUACAAUGUUUGGUUGGUUUGCAAUGGUGAUAACCUAUGUAGUGUACUAUGUGAGACACAACCAAGAGGAUGCUAGGAGGCACCUGGAGUACCUCAAGUCCUUGCCCAGUACCCAGAUAGCCAAAGACUUUGAUACUAUCAGCACUGUGCUUUAAAUAUGGAUAACUUCAGGCGAAACAGUUCUUUUGCCAAUUGCAGCAGUAAUUUAAUGGGACAAACAGAAUUACAUAACAGGCUAACUGUAGCAGGACUUUUCAAUUUUAAAUAUUGAAUUCAAUAUUUAUAACAUUUGUUAAUGAGUAAAGUGUUGGGGUUAAAUUUAUUGUAUUCAUAUGGUUUAUAGGCCUAUAAGCAUAUGUUAUUAGACCUGUUAAAAGUUACUUUCAAAGUUACUUCAGUAUGCCAUUGGAUGACAACAUUGGGUAUAUAUGGGUUGAUGCAGUAAAAGAUUGCAUUAUUGUUAUUUGCUGCCUAAAUCAGUUACCGGGUGCAUUCUUAGGACUUGUCUUGGCUCCAAAUAUCUACGGGGACCUGAGAUUUUGGUAUUGCAUAUUGCAAUAGAAAUAUGGAUGUAAUCUGUCCAACUAUUUACCCCAGUGUUAACACAUUUGUGUAUUAUACAAAGAAUAUAUACUACAGUACAAAGCAAAGCAUUUUACCUGUCCACUGAAACACUUUGUCUUCCCUUUGGGAAACAAAUAUUUGGUAUUCUAUGAAGUAAAUAAAGUAAAGAGUCUUCACUGACCAAAAGUUAUAAAAUGAUUGCCAGAAAACAGAAACAGUUUCUGUGCUUUCAGAAAGAGGCAUUUCUGAGAUAUAAAACAGGGCCUAAUCUCAUGGGAUUGAAAAUGCUUUACUUGGAACCUAUAGGAUUUUUAUUAGGUCAGUGGUUGUAAAGAAAAAUUAGACUUGGAUUCAUUGGAAUACUUGCCCCCAAAUGGCAGCAUUUACAUUAAAUGCCUUCUGCAUGAUUGCUCCACCCUGAUGGAUCACAUAUUUCAGGGAAGUAAAUGGCAGGUCCAAUCACUGCUGUCUGAGGACCUCCCAUCCUCAAAAAUGGAAACAUCAAUAAUACAGAUUUUUAAGCUAACUGCAGUUGGUAAGAUUGCAUUGUAUUCAGUUAAAAACAACUAAAUUGAGCAACCAUAUCCUUCUGGGCAUGACCAGCCUAAGUGACUGACUGUAGUAGGCCAUUGCGGAGUAAAAUUAAAUGUUGUUUAUUUUCUAUUGGAUAGUCUGCACUGGAGUUUAGUCCAUCAAUAUGACUUCAUGGAAUUUAAUAGGGCAACUUACCUUCUCUGUGUGCUCACUGGCCUGUGCACGUCCACUUUCAGGUACAUGGAGUAGCAUACCUGGGGGUCCCUCCUUCCUGCAGUGGCAAUUUUCAAUUGAAUUGCAUUAGGAUGCCUUAUUUUUUAAGUGGAAUCUCUGCCUCGUUACCCUGAUCAGUGAGGAUAUGCACUAAUACUGUGUUAUUAAUUUUAACAGGACUACAUGCCCUGUGGGCAUGUCUGUAGACCUUUCUCGCUGAAAAUUAUUUUGCCAGAAAAAUCUUGUUCUUGCAACUUAACCCUAAUAGUUCCACUUCACAAGCUUUUCCUGAUCUAUUCAUAUUGCACGUGCAGUUAUAUAUAUUAUAAUGAGGCAGGCACUUGGCUUUACACCAUGGAAAUGUUCCACCUAUUACUAAGGGUAUUAUCACUACCUGCACAAAAACGUAUAAAGUAAACUUUGAAAAUGUUGCCAUAAUUGGGCCCCCACUAUAGUUCUUGUUAAGAACAAGAUCCAGGGCAUUUACCACCACCUGAUGAUGGCCCUGAAACACAGGUAUCUCUUAUAAAUUAUUAUAAGUACAUAACAUGCCAAGAUGCAACUAAUAAACAUAGCAAUCACUAAUCACCCAUUCAUACCUUACCCCAAACUCUUAACCAAUUUACAGUGCCUAUGGUUUAUGAUGUUGAGCUGAAAAGUGAUAAAAGUUCGGGGCAGAAAUAAUGACCUGUGGGCAAUUUAAGAUUUUCGCCUGAUUUUCCUAAUCCACUUAUUUGAUACAUAUACAUAAGCCUGUGGAGUGGCCUGUGGAAUAAGUGUCUGAUUGCGCAAAACAGUUGUGCUGGGGCCCCAUACAUUUGCCAGUGGUCUACCAAUUAAACUGAAAAUUACAAUAAUGGGUGACCUGGUUGCUGUGUAAAAAAAGGGGCGAAAGAAGAGCACUCUUCUGCAUUUAAUCACUUUUGCUUUCUAAGGAGGGGUUUAUGGGUUGUUGCUUCAGCAGCAUUUUAAAAAAAUAAACAAUUUGUACAUUGACCUCCUCAUGAAGAAAUGUUCUCUUAUCCUUUUUUUAGUGUAAGCUUUUCUAGAAUGUAUGUCACUCAUUGUAGUGCUCUUUGAACAAAGCAGAUCACAGGACACUGGAAAGAGCAAUGUAUGUAAAAAUAUCAGCCAACUUCAGAAGAAAGACGCAGACAAGGCUUUGUUGUGCCCUUUCAUAAAAUAGCACAUGAUGAAAUGCCUUAACUUAUGUUUUAUUUUUGAGAAAAAUAAUAAAAUAGCCAUUACAUUUA